GCAACUAAACCAAGACCGAAUAUACUUUGUGUUUGUGUUUAACUCGGGCGAUUUUGUUGAUGAUUGUUAUGUUAAUACGGAAAAUUUCGUUUGCUUUGCUCUUUCAUUCAAAAUUCGGAAAUUCAAAAUUAAUUCGAUUUUGUCGUCUCGUCGUGAUCGCUUGUUGGCUGGCCGAGUGACACCACUCUUUACACGAUCGAUUUAUCGGUGAUCUUGAAAGCAACAAUAAUAAUUUUGUGCGUGUCUCAAAAAAGAAAAAUCGGUGACUCUGUUUCUGUCAUAAAUUUAUUGUUUACUAUACAAACCUACUUGUCAGUGAUGGAUUGACAGUAAUUGACAAAAAAUUAUAUACACAAACUGUCAAUCCUUCAAGAUCAUUGCUUUUUUUUUCUUAAAUAUUUGUUUAAACAAAGUGAGGUCGGCUUCGUGUUGUUUUUUUUUUAUAUUAUUCUGGACUACACCUCUACGCCACUGUCUCCACCCAUAAUCUUAUAUUUGUAUACUCAUAGUCUUCCAGCCUUGACUUUAUUUUUGAUCGCGAAUCUCGAUAUUUGUGGACAUACGAAGGAUUGCCCCAGUGAUCGCCGACUCGACCGUUGUCGUCGCCACGGACUGUUUUAAGUGUUGUUUACUCUUCAAGUGUUUUAUUGAUUUUGUUUUUUGUUUGAAAUUAUUUUGAAAAUAAUAAAAUUUAAAUAUUAAAUUAAAUUUAUAGUGAAUCCGUCUUGACAUCAUAAUCGGCCUUGCGUGUACAUAUUUUGAUUGCGUAUACAUCUGAUAUUAUUGUGCGGCUGUGGCUGUUCUCUCUCUUCGUGUAUUUCCAAUUUGAAUAUUACGAUCCUAAAGAUCUUGGAUUUACUCUGAGUGGAAUAAGAGAAAAUUGAAAAGAAGAAGAAGAAACUCAUCUUAAAGAAAAUUCUUUUUAAGAAAAUUGGAAAAAAGGAGAAACAAAAAUUAAAAGCUUAAGAUUGAAUUCUUCUUGCUCAAAUAUAAAGAUGCCAUCUUUUUAUUGGAUUAGCUAAGUUACAGCCUUGCACCUUUAACAGAGACGAAAAAAUAACUCAAAAAACCAACAUCACAUCAAAGCAGCAGCAGAGGGAGAGAAUUGAAGGACAACAAAAAAAGGACUGCAUCUUCGCCAUCAUCAUCACAUCAUCACACAAUAAUGGCAAAGGACUAUUACAGAGUUUUGGGAAUUCCCAAGACAGCCACCGAAGAAGAAAUCAAAAAAGCCUACAGGAAAUUAGCGUUACGCUAUCAUCCUGAUAAGAACAAAGCUGCAAAUGCCGAAGAGAAGUUCAAAGAAGUUGCGGAAGCCUACGAAGUGCUAUCGGAUAAAAGUAAACGCGAAUUGUAUGAUAAAUAUGGCGAAGAUGGUUUAAAGAAUGGCGGUGCACGAAAUGGUGGAUCAAGUAAUCCAGGAUUUACAUACAAGUUCCAGAGUGACCCGCGUGCUACAUUUGCUCAAUUCUUCGGCACGAGUAAUCCUUUUGGAUCGUUCUUCGAUAUGGGUGAUAAUUUAUUCGAUAAGAAUGUCUUUGACUUGGAUACAGAUCAUGACUUUUUUGGAUCGCCGUUUGGUGGACUUGGAUCAAGGCAUGGUCUUGGUGGAGCUUUUAGAUCCCACUCAUUCAAUGUGCACACCCCCUUUAAAAAAGAAAAACAACAAGAUCCACCUGUUGAACAUGACCUUUAUGUAACAUUGGAAGAAAUCUACCAUGGCUGUGUUAAAAAAAUGAAAAUCUCACGACGAGUCGUACAACCAGAUGGUGCGUCCAAAAAAGAAGAUAAAUAUGUUAGUAUAUCGAUUAAGCCUGGAUGGAAGUCGGGAACGAAAGUGACAUUUCAAAAGGAAGGCGAUCAGACUCAUGGUAAAAUUCCAGCCGAUAUUGUAUUCAUUAUCAGGGAUAAACCGCAUGCGUUAUUUAAAAGAGAAGGAAGUGAUUUAAGAUAUACUGCCCGAUUGACGCUCAAACAAGCUCUCUGUGGUGUGGUAUUUCAAGUUCCUACGAUGUCUGGUGACAAGCUGCGAAUCAGUACUAUGCAAGAAAUCAUCAAACCAAACACGGUUAAGAGAAUCCAAGGCUACGGUUUACCAUUUCCCAAGGAUACAUCUCGCAAAGGUGAUUUGCUAGUUGCCUUCGAUAUUCAAUUCCCUGAAAAAUUGACUGCAGCACAAAAGGAACUUCUUCGAGACAUGUUAUGAACAUGAAGAACCAAAAACAAUAAAAACAACAAAAACGUUCAGAUCACUCUUAUAAAGUAAAAAAUCAUUUACAUUGUACGUUUAUGGAAUUCAUAUAAAGUCGUCGUCAUUUUUAUCAUCAAGCCACGCCGCGCGCGCCGCCGCGAUCGUCAUUCAUUGUCUGUACUCAAUUUUACGAUAAAAAUGUUAAACAUUUUCACUGAAAAAAAGGACAUUUUUAUUUGUUUAAUCUUCUCCGCUCUCAAAAUACCUAAGCUCAACUCAACAAACAACGUUCUCUUUAAUUCUCAAAGAUAAGAAAGAGAAAUCAAUAAUAUCUGUUUUCUCUUUCUCAUUAUUUUUUUUCUCUUUCGUCAUUAUUUUUAAGUUUCUCGAUUAGUUUAAAUAAAUUAAAAGAAAUUAAUUUUGAUUUUAUUUGUUUUGCUUUUUUUUAAAAUUAUAAUUGGUUACUUAUAUAAUUUUUUGUUAUAAUUUUAAAAUUUUUUUAAUAUUUAAUAUUUUUUGUUUUUAUUUUUUUUAUUAUAAACUAAUAAGUUCGCAUAUAUUAAAUUAAAUUAUUACUUAUAAUACUUUUUUUUUAAAUUCUAUUAAUUCAUUAAAUGUGAAGAAAAAUCGUAUAAAAUAAUUCAUUUAUUUUAUUAAAUUAAAAUAAAUUGUUAAAUGAAAAAAAAAAUUAUUAUUUGUUCAACACUAAAACUGUUGGUACUUAAAUUAAAUAAAACUGCAUUCGAGUUUAAAUGUUCAUUAUAAAUAUUUAGAUAUCUAUAGAUAAUAUUUAAAUUUGUAAACAUUAUUUUUCAUACAUAAUUUAACAAAUUUGCGACUGAAAAAUGAAUGAAAAACAAAAAACAACAACAACAAACCAUAGUAAACCGAUUGUCUUUUUCUUUUUCUAAAUAAUAUUUUUUUUAUGGGCUAGAAAGUUUAUAUGAUCUAAGCCCAUAUGAGAUUAUCUAUUUUAAUAAAUAAUAAUAGAAAUUAAAAAGAAAAAAGUAUUCAAUUUUGAAA